GUUGUGCCUGGCAUCCGGCUUCCGUUAGGUGGUGCACCUUUUCAACUGGGGUCUUCUACUGGGGGAGGCUGUCCCGCUCUGGUUGGUUGCGGUAUACCGAGAAUGCGCAAGCUUCAAAUCAUGGUGUGAAUGUACAACGCUGCUUACUCCACGCAUCCGACUGAGGCAAGGAGGCGGCAUCUGUCGAUACUCCCCCCCACCUCCAAGUGCCAGCAGCUGGCGUGGGAGCACAAGCGUUGACGAAGGGACAUCAAGUACCCAGAGGCAUCUAUGGUCAAGAUGGCACCGAUGUUGCCACCAAUGCCCGAUCAAGACUCGGGCGUCGAAUCCACCAAGCACCACCCGGUCCUACCGCAGCGGAUUCGCACACCACUGACCGACUUCUUCUCCGUCCCGCACCCGAUCAUGCUCGCGGGCAUGAACCAAGCUGCCUCUUCGACGCUCGCCGCGGCCGUGUGCAACGCUGGGGGUAUCGGCGUCAUCGGCGGUGUAGGGUAUACGCCGAAAUUCUUGCGCGAGAGUAUCUGCGACCUCAAGAAGAUGCUCAGGAACCCUCACGCACCAUUCGGCGUCGAUCUGCUGCUGCCGCAGAUCGGCGGGAACGCAAGGAAGACGAACAAGGACUAUACGAGGGGGAAGCUGCCAGAGCUGAUCGACAUCAUCGUCGAGGAAGGCGUUAAGCUGUUUGUGUGCGCCGUCGGCAUCCCACCAAGAUGGGCUGUAGACAAGCUGCACAAAGCGGGCAUCCCGGUCAUGAACAUCGUUGGGCACCCCAAGCACGUAACCAAGGCGCUGGAGGGUGCUGGCGUGGAUAUGAUCUGCUGCCAAGGCGGCGAAGCCGGCGGGCACACGGGCGACAUUCCAUCGUCCAUCCUCAUUCCCCGCGUCGUAGACAUCUGCAAAGGGCACGUCUCACCGCUGACAGGGCAACCCAUCAUGGUCCUCGCGGGUGGAGGUAUCUUCGACGGACGUGGCGUCGCUGCUGCACUCGGCUACGGUGCCGUGGGCGUCUGGGUCGGCACGCGCUUCGUGUGCACAAAGGAGGCUGGUGCGCCAAAGUUGCACAAGGAGGCCAUCCUCAAAGCUGGCCCGGACGACUUGAUCCGCACAGUCAUCUUUACCGGCAGGCCGCUCCGACUUGUCAAGACGCCUUACGUGGAAGCUUGGGAAGCCAAGCCGGAGAAGAUCAAAGAGCUGACGUCCAGAGGCAUCAUCCCCGUUAUGCAUGACUUGGAGAAAGACGAUCCCGACGGAAGCAUCAUGAAAGGCGCAUUGUCGCACUGGUUCGCCGGCUAUGUCGCGUGCAUGGUCGAGGAUAUCCCUUAUGCGCGCGAGAUCGUCAAUUCUAUGGUGAAGGAAGCAGCGGCUGUGAUGGAGGGGAAUGGAUCGUAUCUUGUGCAGAGUUCUGGCAGGCUAUAGGCACCGCGCCAAGUUUUCCCUCUCUACAAUGGCACCUGCAACUGUAUCGUUGCUACUGAUCGCGUGCGUGGUCACACAUUCUGUUCGAUUCUAUCCAAUGUGGUGUGUCCUAUUGUUAUAUUUCGCGCUGGUGAAAGGAGAGGCAAGGGGAGGGCAUAGGAGAUGGAAAUGGGAAGCAUGCGGCGACUGUGAGGGGAGUGGUGCGAUGGGGCGCGACGCGACGCGUCUCAGAGGCGCGAUCGAUGCGCUUUUUGUGUUGUUCUCUCACUCUUUCUCUCUUCAAUUGAUGAGAAGCACAU